GGUUUAAAAUUUAAGUCACUUUUGGAUCACCAUACAUUUGUCCCAUCAUUAGGCCUAAACGGCGGAGCUCUCCAUUAAAAUUCAGUGCAUUGAGAAGUGGAGUGUUAGUUACGUACUGAAAUAUUCUGGAGACUAAUGGAAAAUGUGAAAUAACAUGACGCCAGUACAACUGUAUCGAUUUCUGCUGAGAAACAUUCGGAAACUUCCGAAGGAGAGCCAGGGUCAUUACAAACACUACGUGCGACAGAACUUUAACAGCCACUCUGAUGAGACGGACCCAGUCAGGAUUCAUCAGAUAAUUGAUAAAGCACAAGAAGAUAUGGCGUGGCUCCUAGAAAAAGAAUUAAAACGUUUCCUUUUCAGUACAAAGCGAAGUAGACGUUCGAAGAAAAGAAUGCCCUCAAUGUUGGACUGCAAGAUGUUCAGUAUCUUGAAUGAAUAUAAAAGUAUUGCAGUCUUUUGAUUGAUUUACUUGUGAAAUUCAUACUUUGUUCUCUUAUGUUAUUGAUUAAAUGCUCUUUAUCCAG